AUGGAAGAUUUGCAACACUUCGAAUCAUCUGUAAAGAAUGUUCCGGAUAAACCAGAUGAUUAUUCAAUCUAUUCGAUGAGGGGUUUUAUAAUUCUACAAUUAGCCUUACAGGUUAAAAGUUAGAUUAAAUAAAUUGAGUUGUCCCAUUUUAGCGACAUAAAAUCAGACAUAGAUGCUAAUUAUAAAAUGGUUGAACUCUAAGCUUUAUGUUCAGUAGAUUCCAACCCAGAAAUCUGUAUGGGAGUAAGUGGGCGUGAUAAUUCAACUUUGAUCAAACACAUCACUAAUUAGGGUAGAUUAUUUGAAAAUAAAUUAAGACCUAAGUUUUUAAGGAUGUAUGAUUUUUAAUGGAAAUAAAAUUGCAUAUUAUAAGGAAAUGAAUGUUUGAUUCUGUUAUUGGAAGCAUUCAAUUAAGAUUGAAGACAGAAUUGUGGGUAAAGAAAAGUUAAAUUAAAGAAUACCCUACAAAGACAUUAAACAAAAUUUAAAACAGAAAAGGAGGUAUAAAGCCGUAAAAUUUAUCUUUCAGGAUAAAUAAUGGAUUUGCAAUAAGCUAUUGAAUAUUUUGAUAAGAAAUUUAAGGUUUAUGUUGAAGAAAAAGAUUAAAAAUAGAUGGAAUAUAGAUAUAGCUAGAGCAUUGAACCAGACCCCUUGGAGAAACAAUGA